AUGCAUACGGGCAUAGAUAUUUUAGCUAAUGCCGUAUUUAUUCUUGGUCUACCCUUGUCUGUUCCUCUCUUUAUAGUUACACCAAAGCAUGGACCGAUACUAACCGGUGGUCGGCCACGAUACAGUAGUGAAGACACUGUCCGUAUGAACUGCACAUCGGGGCCAUCAAAGCCAGCGUGUCAUCUUAGUUGGUUAAUUAAUGGCAUACAUGUGAACCGAACAUUUCUGCGGCAAUACGAUCCUGUCAUUGUCGGACGCGAUGGCUUAGAGGUGGCACGAGUGGGACUAGAAUUCCGCGUCAGAAGAAAAUAUUUCAAACACAGCGAUAUGAAGGUGAAGUUGUUCUUGGUGACUUCAAUAGCUGGAACACGAUGUGGGGCUCUGUUAGAAACAACAACCGCGGAGAUAUUGUUGAGAGCGCUAUUGUCCAGUCUGGUUUAUGCAUUUUAA